AUGACGGAGGAGGAGUUGAAAGAAUUUGAGGAACAAUAUGCCAGCGUACAACUUGAAAUGGAUGAGGAAAUGUUAGACAAUGAUGACCUGCUUGAUGAAACUAGGGUGGAAGAGACGAUGGUGGAAGAGACGAUGGCUCCAGAAUAUCAAACCGCAGGUACUAAAAACUUGGAGAAACAACACGAAGAUGGAAGAGUCUUAGGAGGAGAGGGAAAAGAGAAAAGAGAACAAAGUAGGAACAACCUACCUCCAAGAAGGAUGUCGGAACAGGGCAGGAGGAUGCAAAAGAACCCUCUCCCCCCGGCAAACUUAAAUAAGCGCAGGGGUACGCGAAGCCCAGACACAAAAGGUUUAGCUGCAUCCAGGAAGCUUGCGAAUAGAGGUCGAGCAUCACCAAAAGGCAAGCUGGCCAAACAGGGGCGUCUCUUCAUGACGAAAGACCCAGGCUCAAAGGUGGUCCCUCGUGUUGAGGUGUAUCCUUCGGUUACCAAAGGCCGAAAAUCUACUGCUGCAUCAGGUUCGGUGGGGUCCCAGAAACCACCCAAAACAAAAAACAAUUUUUCUUUUAUGCAAGACUUUAAGUUUGAAUUUGGUUAUGAUAAAUUGUUCACCGUGGACCCUGUUGGUAGGGGCGGUGGAUUGGCUUUGUUUUACAUGGAGGACUCUGCGGUGGAUAUUAUUUUCUAUAAUGAUCGUAUGAUUGAUAUAAAAGCGCAGAUAGACGGACAGGAAGUGUUUAUCACGUUCUUGUAUGGAGAUCCGGUGGUGGAAUACCGUGAGUAUGUAUGGGAAAGGUUGCUGCGGAUGAGUGCAAACAGGACAGGAGCAUGGCUCUUGAUGGGGGAUUUCAAUGAGAUCACAAGCAAUUUGGAGAAAAGAGGGGGGCGAAAACGACCAGAAAGCUCUUUCCUGCCGUUUAAAAACAUGCUUGCAGGGUGCGGGAUGAUUGAGUUUCCAUCUAAAGGGAACAUUUUUUCAUGGGCAGGAAGAACCAGAGCAGGACGGGUGCAAUGUAGGCUGGACAGAGCCGUCGGAAAUGAAGAUUGGCAUAAUGUAUUUUCCCACACUUAUGUGGAGUAUUUGUUGCGCUGGGGAUCUGACCACCGGCCCAUCUUAGCGAGGUUUCAAAACAGAGGGGCUCGCGGAAAAAGAAACUUUCGUUUCGACCGUAACUGGUUUGGUAAAGAAGGUUUCAUCGACACUGUUAAGGGAGAAUGGGAGGCACUAAAGAUGGAACCCGACCUGGAGCUUUAUGACAAAAUCUGUAGGACUCGCAGGUCCAUCUCAAGGUGGAAGAAACGGAAUCCCACCAACAGCGCAAAGCUUAUUGAAAGCUUAAAGCAAAAACUAGAUCAAGUGCAAAACGACGAGAUGAUCUCAAGCGAAGAAGAACUGGAAUUGAAGUGGAAACUCUGUGAAGCAUAUAGGGAAGAGGAGCUUUAUUGGAAGCAGAAAAGUCGAGUUAUAUGGCUGCGAGAAGGAGAUAGGAACACAAGAUAUUUUCAUGCGAAGACCAAACAAAGACGAGCACGCAACAGAAUUACUCGCCUGAGAAACUCGAUGAAUCAAUGGGUUUACAAAGAGGACGAUAUAGAGGCAGUCGCUGUUGACUAUUUCCAGACGUUGUUCACUACGACAAACCCAGACACCAUUGAAGAAUCCCUCCGGUUUAUUACCGCGACAGUCUCAGAGGACAUGAAUCAGAAUCUACUUCGUAUCCCUCAAGAUGAGGAGAUUAAAAAUGCUACUUUUGCGAUUAACCCGGAGAAGGCGCCUGGUCCAGACGGCAUGACUAGCCUCUUUUACCAACGCUUUUGGAGCUCGGUUGGGAAGGAUGUCUGCAAUAUGGUCAGGGGUUUCUUUGAUACGGGGGAGCUUGAUGAGAGACUAAACAUGACUAAUAUAUGUCUAAUACCAAAGACUGAAAGACCGGAGGCGAUGACUGAAUUUAGGCCGAUCAGUCUCUGCAAUGUGGGAUAUAAGAUCAUCUCAAAAAUCUUAUCAUCUAGGCUGAAAAGUAUCCUGCCGAAGAUCAUUUCAGAGACGCAAUCUGCGUUUGUGGCAGAGAGGCUCAUCACUGAUAAUAUCCUUGUGGCCCAAGAAAUGUUUCACGCGCUUCGUACAAAUCCUAGCUGCAAAGGGAAGUUCGUGGCGAUCAAAACUGAUAUGAGUAAAGCUUACGAUCGCGUAGAAUGGAGGUUUAUGGAAGCCCUACUUCUAAAAUUUGGCUUCGAUCAUAUAUGGGUGGCAAGGAUAAUGAAAUGCAUUACCUCCGUCUCGUACCAAGUCUUGAUAAACGGAGAGGCCAAAGGGAGGAUCGUGCCGUCCCGGGGUCUCCGACAGGGCGAUCCGCUGUCUCCGUUCCUAUUUAUUUUAUGCACGGAAGUUCUGAUCUCGCAUAUAAAACAAGCGGAGAGAGAUCAAACUAUUACGGGUAUCAAGAUUGCUAGAGGGAGCCCCGCCAUCUCUCAUUUACUCUUCGCCGAUGACAGCCUCUUCUUCUGCAAAGCGGAGCAAUCUCAAUGCAGGGAACUGGUUCGCAUCAUUGACGUCUAUGGGAAAGCCUCAGGACAACAACUGAACAAGUCUAAAUCUUCAGUUCUGUUCGGUUCUAAGGUCAUAGCGUCCACAAAAACCGAUCUGAAAAGAUCACUCAAUAUUAACAACGAAGGAGGAAUGGGAAUGUACCUGGGAAUGCCGGAAAAGAUUUGUGGAUCAAAGAAACAAGUUUUUUCUUUCGUUCAAGAGAGGAUGAAUGGAAAGAUCAACUCUUGGUCAGGUAAACUAUUAUCAAAGGGUGGUAAAGAGGUGCAAAUCAAAUCAGUGGCCCAGUCAGUACCGACUUAUGUGAUGUCGUGUUACUUGAUACCUUUAGAGAUCUGUAACAAACUAUCCGCCGCAGUGGCGCGUUUCUGGUGGAGUACAAGCAAUAACAAUCGGGGGAUGCAUUGGGUGGCAUGGGACAAAAUCUGUGUACCAGUAGAGGAAGGAGGCUUGGGCUUCCGAGAUUUCCGAGAUUUCAACCUGGCCCUUCUCGCUAAACAAGUAUGGCGUCUGCUUACACAUCCCGAGUCCCUUCUAGCAAGAGUUCUUAAAGGUAGAUACUACAGACACUCGAAUCCACUUGUAAUAGGUAAAGCAAAUUCCCCAUCUUUUGGGUGGAACAGCUUGAUGGCAGCUAGACCGAUUCUCAUCGGUGGAAUCAAGAGGACGAUAGGAACAGGGGCAGACACGAAAGUUUGGGAAGACGCAUGGAUCCCUACGGAACCUGCUCGCGCGGCGAAACCAAAGACAGUGAUCAUGGAUACUGAUCUUAAAGUCCACCACCUUAUUGAUGUCGACAAGGCUGAAUGGAAUGUUGGCGUUAUAAAUGAAUUUAUUGCUGCCGAUGAUGUAUCUCGUAUUCUCACACUUAGGAUCAGCAAAACGGGACGCAAGGACGGCUACAGCUGGAAGCAUACAAAGUCGGGGGUAUACACAGUGAGGUCUGGGUACACCAUUGCAGUUGAACAACGGAAAAAGCUGCGUGGGGACAUAAGCCUGGGACCGAGUUGCAAUGGUUUAAAGAAGAAGGUUUGGAGACUUAAGGCGCCGCGGAAAAUCAAGCAUUUUCUGUGGCAAGCUCUGUCUGGAUAUGUCGCCUCAGCGAGCAAGCUAAAAGAAAGACAUUGCGGUAACGACUCGGUCUGUCAACGCUGUGGUGCGGAGAAUGAAACGAUUAACCAUAUCAUCUUUGAAUGCCCGCCAGCGAUUCAAAGUUGGGCAUUAUCGACAGUCCCGACGUCUCCGGGGGUCUUCCCGAGUUCCUCAAUCUUUGUUAACUUUGAUAUGCUACUGAAUUUGCAAACAGAUCCUAGCAGAGCUGAGAGCACGGCCUUCUUUCCAUGGUUGAUCUGGUACUUAUGGAAGGCACGAAACGAUAAAUGUUUUAAUAACAAGGAUACAUCACCUGUGGAUACCCUGCAACUAGCGGUUUCGGAAGCUACAACAUGGAAGCUAGCGCAGAUCCUGCCGGACAUCUUGGAAGCAGCAGACGACGGGAAUGAGAGGAUAGCGGAAGUGGAGGAACAAGAAAGGGUGGGACGAUGGAGAUGCCAGCUCGACGCGUCUUGGGUCCUAGAAGAUACUGGAGUGGGGCUGAGUUUUAUUGUGUUCGAUGGCGACAUGGAGGUACGCUUGGAAUCAGACUGUCAACAGCUGGUACACAUCAUCAACUUCUCUAAGAAGUGGCCAGCACUUGAUCCAGAGCUUGAUGCCAUUGAGGCACUGAGAACUUCUUUUAUUUCCUUUUCGCUGAGUUUUAUACCUCGUUCUUUGAACUUCCGUGCGGAUGCUCUUGCAAAAGAGGCCCGAUCACGUGAUUUACACUACAUGUUGGUUGACAGUAUGGUCUCUAUUCCGCUAGCUCACGAGGCUAGUACGAUAGGACCGGUUUAAGUUUGAAAUAAAGCUUUUGAUGACAAAAAAAAAAA